AUUUGUUUUGCCUCUUGACAAUCCAUCCAUCCACUGAUUUCAUUAAUAAUACUAUAUUGAUUUAUUUUCCAUAAAUCAUCAAAGAAUUCCUUAGAUCAUGAAUUAUACUGAAGCUUUGACAACCGAUACCUUCUGAGCUGCUAUAGCUAAAUCUAAACAGAGUUGUGGAUAGCUGAAAUGUUGAUGCUACCUGGACGGAAAGACCAUUUUAUUGGCAAAACGGAGGCUACCUUUAUGCAAACUAUAUCCACCCUUAACACACAUACACUGUGUACAGUCAUUUUCAAGUCAAGUAUGGCACUGUUGUUAAAAUUCACACCAAAUCACUUGUUGUUCACUUGGACACACGUGACGCAGUAACUCCUCCCAAGUAAUUUUCUGUGUUCUUGUUUCCUCUUCAUGUUUUGACAACCCGUUCAAACAUGCAGUCAGUCUGGUUUGAGUGAACCCUGGCCCUUCCGCUUCAUAAAGGCAUGUCAUCUAAUAAUUCCUUAGUGCAUGAAUUAUACUGAAGCUCUGACAACCGAUACCUUCUGAGCUGCUAUAGCUAAAUCUAAACAGAGUUGUGGAUAGCUGAAAUGUUGAUGCUACCUGGACGGAAAGACCAUUUUAUUGGCAAAACGGAGGCUACCUUUAUGCAAACUAUAUCCACCCUUAACACACAUACACUGUGUACAGUCAUUUUCAAGUCACGUAUGGCACUGUUGUUAAAAUUCACACCAAAUCACUUGUUGUUCACUUGGACACACGUGACGCAGUAACUCCUCCCAAGUAAUUUUCUGUGUUCUUGUUUCCUCUUCAUGUUUUGACAACCCGUUCAAACAUGCAGCCAGUCUGGUUUGAGUGAACCCUGGCCCUUUCGCUUCAUAAAGGCAUUUCAUCACAAUGAUCAGAACAGAUGAAGUAUGCUAUUUGACUGAACCUUCUCUUUUUUGACUAUAUGGAAUUUUUUUCAUCCUGGUGAAAUCGAAAACUUUGGGAAGUUUGGGAACUUAUAAAAUGAGAACAUGUCUCAGGAAAAGCAUCCUUGCCAGAGAGAGAUGCAGGUGGUGGUUGUAGGCGGGAACCAGUCUGGCAAAACAACACUGAUCAACAGUGUCCUUGGUCAGCCAGAGCCUGAGUCCAGGAGCCGAACAGUGAACUGCAUGAGGAGAGAAGGGAGGGUCGAUGGCAGGAAGCUGAUCUUUAUUGACACCCCAGGCUGGUGGAGGAACUUUCCUUUGACUGACACAGCAGAAUUUAAGAAACAGGAGCUUGUUCUGAGUCUCUCUAUGUGUCCACCAGGGCCUCAUGCUUUCAUUUUAGUCAUUGACACUCAUACCUCAUUUACUGAGAAGAACAGGAGGUCUGUAGAGGAACAUUUAGGGCUCUUUGGGGAGAAAGUUUGGGAGCAUACCAUAGUGGUAUCCAUCGGGAUAAACAGAAGCCAAUACCAGCAUGAUGACACUGAUGAUGGGCCUAUGAGGUGGGUAAUAGAUAAAUGUACAAACAGGUAUCUCAUAUUUGAGAAUGAAAGAAUGAUAAACCCACAACUAAUGCUGGAAAUGAUAGAGAGUAUCAUUGCGAAAAACAAUGGUGGCUACUUUCCAGUUGAUGAGAAGGUUUUAAAGGACGUUGAAGAGGCGAGGAAAGAGAAUCAGGAGAAAGCCAGAUCCCGGUGCCUGAGGGUAAAGAGACAAAAAGAAAUACUCAGUAAACAAGCCCACUCGCUGUCAGAGAUCCAGAUUCUCCUCCUGGGCUGGGUGUGCUCAGGGAAAACCUCAGCUAAAAACAUAAUCUUGAAUAGAAAGGAAAUAGUCGGCAGGAGACAAACCAUCCAGACGGAGAGCAAAUCUAGAGAUGAGGGAAAAAAGAUCACCGUUGUGGACACCCCUGGCUGGUGGAAAUACUUCUCUGCCCAGUUCACUCCAGACUGGGUGAAGACAGAGCUGAAAAGAAGUGUGACACUUAAUGGUAAAAACCCACAUGCUAUCCUCUUGGCUGUCCCUGCUGAUACCACUUUCAGAGAGGAACAGAGGAAGAUCACCGAAGACAACAUGAGGAUGUUUGGUGAGCAGGUGUGGAGACAUACCAUAGUGUUAUUCACAUCUGGAGACCUUCUUGGUGACACGAGUAUUGAGGAGCACAUUGAGAGUGAAGGAGAACCUUUACGUUGGGUCAUAGAGAAAUGUGGGAACAGAUAUCAUGUCUUGGGUAAAGACCAAAGCAGGGAAAGUUUGCAAGCUGCAGAGCUGUUGGAGAAGAUCGAGGAGAUGGUGGCUGGGAACAGCUUGUUCAGUCUUCAUCCAGAGACUCAAACACCUGAGGUUGAGGAGAUGAGUUUUGAACCAGAUGAAACAAAUGCUGACAUGGUGAGAUUCUUGGACAAAGAAUGGAGCAAGAUGGAUAAAGAGAUGGAAGACACCAUGACAAAAAUGUACAGUCAAAACGUUGCACAGAAAGGAAAGAAAAGCAUGGACGGACACACUGACUUUCAUAACAAUAAACAACCUUCUGAUACCAGUGAGGAGGAAAAGUUGUCCACAGAGUGCGCUGGUCCACAGACCACAUAUCAGAGUACCUCAGAGAGUGAAGGUAAAGCCAGGCAAGCUAAAAAGGAGGUUCCUCAAAAAAGGAGAAGACAUGAGAGCCAUGAAGAUCCACUGGAAAAAAUGAGGGAGACACUCCAGCGAGAGUGGGGGCGACGAGAAGUGACAGUUACAGAGAGGUUUCAGGGAAUCCUGUCUGAAUCACUUGUUCUGUCAUCUGAAGCUGAUGAGCAUGAGCGUGAACUCUGCAGAAGAAAGGUUCAAACUUGGCUUAGUAGUACAUGUACCUCUGGAUAUGACACUGAGGAAGAUGUCAUUGUUGAAAAUGAACAUAGAUGACGUAUUUGUAGUUUGUCAACUAAGCUUUCUAAAACUGAUAGUUCCAGUCCUUGAUUGUGAUUGGCUGAAUCACGUUCGACGUUCGACGUUGUGAAAUGCAGCAUAAACAUACACCUCGAUCGCAUUUCUUCGUGGAAGAAAGAUUAUCUAAGAAUAACACGUUAUAUUUCUAGUUGCUGUGCCUUUGCUUUAUGAA